UGGCGUAAGAUUUUUUUCUCUUCUUCGCUUGAAAAUUCCUGGGAGAUAGAUCAAUUUUAGUUUCCGUUUCUCUCUCCCUCCUACUUUAUUGUCACUGGGCGUCUUGCGAAGUACGCAAGUUUCUAGUAUUUACCUUUUUGAUCGGAAGCUUUUUAUUUUAUCUCCCGAGAUGAACGCGCUUGAUAUUUGAUUGUGUUCUACGCGUUUGUGAUAGGUGGAUUUGUUGAAGAUGGGAAGACUAUUCGUGAUCGACCUCCAAGGAGAAACUUAUAGCUGUAAACAUUGCCACACACCUUUCGCACUUACCGAUGAUCUCAUCUCCAAGUCAUUUCACUGCAAGCAUGGAAGGGCUUAUCUUUUCGAAAACGUUGUCAAUGUGACUGUUGGAGAGAUGGAGCAUCGCAUCAUGAUGACUGGCUGGCACACUGUUGCUGACAUCUUCUGCGUUUGCUGUGGCUCUCUCGUUGGCUGGAAAUACGAGAUCGCAUACGAAAAGUCUCAGAAAUACAAAGAAGGAAAAUUCAUCAUUGAAAGGUUUAAAGUGCUUGGACCCGAUGGAGGCGGGUACGACAUGAACGAGGACGAGCCCAUGAUUGGAAGUGACGAAGAAUAAAACGGGCUUCCCUUUUCUUUUUACCAGCCCAUAGUUAUUGGAGAUACUUGGCAAGUGAUCAAUGCAAAAACUCCACAAUUUUUUUCGGGUAAGCAACCAAAUAUUUAUAAACUUAAUUGUAAUGAGGAGUACUAAAAUCGUUUUCAGACACUAACUUUAGUAUAUGCAUGCUUCUACUUGCAUGCCUCUUGUAACAAGAAUCUAUAUAAAUGAAUUUCCUAGCGAAAAUAUAGAUUUUAUC